AUGGAGACGACCGCCAGCAUCAUAGCAGUGACCCAACUGUGCGAAAAAGUGAUCAAAUACAUCAUCGCGGUGUCCGGUGCUAAGGACGAGAAAGCACGCCUUCGGUCGAAGAUCCGAGGCUGCAGUAGCUUGUUACUGCAGCUGCAAGAUGAAGCAGCAGACUCCGAAGAAGUCGAAGAAUGGACCAAAACCCUGGAACUACUCUCUGCUCCUCUAGUGCGUCUUCACGAAACGUUGAGUCUGACAGCUGUUGUUUUAUCCUCUCGAGAUGGGGUUCGCGAGAAGCUGCAAUGGCCGUUCAAAGAAAAGGAUGUGAGAAUGCUGGUGGAGGCAAUUGACAGUGAGAUGGGAAUGCUUUCCCUAGCUCUUGAUGGAAAUACAACACGACUACUUAUUGAAACCAACGCUCGCUCUAAGCGCAACGAACAGGAUCUGAGGGAGUUGAAGGACUUCUUGAAACUGGAUAGGGGAACAACUAUUUCGACUUUGAAGAGUCUUAGUGGGGACCUGCAGAACAUCCAGAUCACUCAGAAUGGCGUUCGGGGAGGGCUCGACAAGCUACAUGAGCGCCAUGAUACGAAAGAAGCUACGGAAAAGUGUCAGAGAAUUUUGGAUUGGUUGACACCUAUUGACCAUGCUUCACAACAGCAAGAUGCUAUCAGUCGGCGACAAGCUGGCACUGGCGGAUGGCUCCUGCACUCACAAGUCUACCAAGACUGGCUCGGCACCAGCAAUCGUACCCUAUUCUGCCCUGGCAUUCCAGGCGCAGGAAAGACAGUGUCGGCCUCCAUCAUCAACGCCGAUUUGUGGGAGCGAUAUGGUAGCGAUAACACAAUCGGCUUGGCUCAUCUGUUCUGCAACUACAGACGCCAGGACGAGCAGACGUUGGACGCCCUACUGUCGGGUCUCUUGCGACAACUCGUGGAACCACAAGCAUCGCUACCAAAACAUGUUGAAGAAUUCUACGUCAGUCAAAAGGGAUCUUCGGACAGGAUAGAGGCUACGGCCAGAACUCUACAGCUGGUGGCAUCGACCUACUCCAGGGUCUUCAUCGUUAUAGAUGCUCUCGACGAAUGCUCUGCGUCACAUGGCUGUCGCAUAGCGUUACUGUCGAGAAUCCAAGAACUUCAAAACACGUGUGGUAUCAACCUACUAGUUACAUCACGUUUCAUACCUGAGAUCGUUGAAAAUUUCAAGACAGAAUCCAUGAUAGAGAUUCAAGCAGAUAGAGAUGAUGUGCGGAGAUAUCUCUCCGACAACAUGUCACGCCUGCCAGGCUUUGUGCGCAAUAAAGCGGAGUUGCAAGAGGAAAUCAUCUCUAAAAUUGUGGAGGCGGUUCGCGGAAUGUGA